AUGGCCGGCGCGCUGUUCGGCGUCCUUGCGCUCCUUUUCGCGCUCUCCGCGAGCGUUUCGGGGCCGGCCUCCCGCGCUUCGUCCACUCUGUUCCGUUUCCCGUCGCCCCUGGGUGUCUCGGCAGCUGCGCGAGAGGCGGGCGUCGUGAACGCGGAAGACGAGGCUGCCCGAGCCGGCGACGCUGCCUCGGACAAGUCGACCAAGAGCUACAGUCUGAAGCAGCAGCAACAGACGCGGGAAAACAAGCUGAAGGUGCUCGAGAGCGGCGCGAUGUCCUUGUCUGGACUGGAGACGUACAAGGAGUUUCUCGCCUCCCAUCCGUUUGUCUUGGUCAUGUACUACGCACCGUGGUGCUAUUGGUCCAAGGCGACGUUGCCGGAGUUCCACGCGGCGGCGAAGAUCCUCGCGCACCACGAACCGCCGGUGAUUCUCGCCCUCGUCGACUCGGUGGAGGAAGAGGACAUUGCGAACUUUGAAGACAUCCGCGAAUUCCCGACGCUCAAAUUCUUCAUCGAUGGGCGCGGGCAGCCGUACCAGGGCCGUCGGCACCGCACCCACCUCGUUCACUGGGUGGAGACGCGCCUGGACCGCGACAAGUCGCUCACUUCCACGCAGCACUUGGACGAGAUGAUGUCCAACCGCGAGCACGGUCACCUGGUCAUCGUCGGGGCGUUCAACUCGAGCGGAUUCGACGCGAAUGCGUACGUCUCGGUGGCUCGGCGCUUCGGCGAGGACGUCUUUUUCGGCCACGUCCAGGACGCCCAACUGAUUGACCAUCUCCGCCAGCACAUUCGCCGGCUCCAGAAGGGGAAGAUCCCUGCAGACGUCGAGCGACGCCUCGCGAACCCGCCCUUCAUCGCCGUCUUCUCCAAGCACGCGCACGAACCGGACGUCCACCUGUACACCGGGAACCCCUCGGAUGUCGCGGCGCUCACGAGCUUUGUCGGCCGAUUCCGCUUCCCGCUCAUUUCCAUCUUCGACGCAGAUCGCCUGCCAGAGAACUUCUUCACCGAUCCGCGCCCAAAGGCAGUCCUCAUCGUGGACACCAAGGCGAAUCCGAACGCGCUCGCAGCUGUCGAGGCCGAGACCUCGACGGACCCCGUCGUGCGCGCGUUCCUCCAGGGCGCCCGGAAGCACCGCCAGUCGCUCCUCGCGACCGUGUGCGGCGUGAACUCUCCGUUCGAGAAACACAUGCUCGAACUGCUCGGCGUCGACGAAGACGCGCUCCCUGCGCUUCGCAUCAUGUCCGUGAACGCCGACAGCGAGGGACCGCAUCACCCCGCCCUGAAGUUCAGGCCCGAGGAGAAAAGCUCCGGCAGAUCAGGGCAGGCGCGAGUGCCGAUUCGCACGCUGUCGCCGUCGGUCGUUUCCACGUUUUUCGACGACUUUGUCGGUCGGAAACUAGAGCCGUAUUUCCGGUCUGAGGCGGUCAGCGACGAGGAAGAACCGCGCGGCACUGUGAAAACCGUCGUGGGUUCGACCUUUCAACAGCUUGUCAAAGACGCCGACGGCGACGUCUUCAUCGAGUUUUACGCCCCCUGGUGCGGGUACUGUCGGAAACUGGAGCCGGCGUACAAGGAACUCGCAGCGCGACUCCGAGACGUCCCCGGCGUGACCAUCGCGAAGAUCGACGCCACACGCAACGAGGUGCCGGGCAUGAAGGUUCCGGGCUAUCCGACGCUCUUCCUCUUCCCCCACGGAAAGAAACAUGACCCACCCCUCGUCUACAGCGGAGAGAGAACCGUGGAGGACAUGCUCGAGUGGCUGCAGACGCGCGUCGCGAAGGCGCGCUUCGACACCAACCGACUCCUCGCCCUCGACUUGCGCGCGCGCGGAGGCGAGGCCGUCGGCAGUGUCCUCGAGGAGCUGUGA